GCGAGAGGAAAAAAAAAAUCCCCCAGAUCAAUCACCCGCAGCACCAACCCUCCCCUCCGAUCCCGGCGAGAUGGGCAACCCCAAGGUCUUCUUCGACGUGACGAUCGGCGGCGCCCCGGCGGGCCGCAUCGUGAUGGAGCUGUACGCCGACGUGGUGCCCAACACCGCGGAGAACUUCCGCGCGCUCUGCACCGGCGAGAAGGGCGUGGGCAAGAUGGGCAAGCCGCUGCACUACAAGGGCAGCAAGUUCCACCGCGUCAUCCCGGGCUUCAUGUGCCAGGGCGGCGACUUCACCGCCGGGAACGGCACCGGCGGCGAGUCCAUCUACGGCGCCAAGUUCAAGGACGAGAACUUCGUCAAGAAGCACACCGGCCCCGGCGUCCUCUCCAUGGCCAACGCCGGCCCCGGCACCAACGGCUCCCAGUUCUUCCUCUGCACCGCCAAGACCGCCUGGCUCGACGGCAAGCACGUCGUCUUCGGCCAGGUCUGCGACGGCAUGGACGUCGUCCAGGCCAUCGAGAAGGUCGGCUCCCAGAGCGGAAACUGCUCCAAGCCCGUCGUCAUCGCCGACUGCGGCCAGCUCUAGAUCGGAUCUGAUCUGGUUGCUGCGCUUCGUGCCGUCCGUGGAAUCGUCGUUAGGCUGUUGGAUCUAUCCGGCGUGGCCGUUGUAUCUUUCUUUCCCUGUUACCAUCUUAGCGUUUCACUGCUGAGUUCCCCGAACAAAUGAUUGAAUAAACGGCGCUUAGUUUAUCAGAUAA